UGUAUUUUUGCAUUUAAUAGAAGCAAAUUCAAGCUUAAAAUCAAGCUUUGGUACCAUAAUCAAGGAAAGAAAAGAAAGGGAAUGGGAGAAAGAGCGACAGAUGGUGCCAUUAUGAUGUCACUGGCAAUUGCUGUUUGUUCAUUUUUUUUUUUUAACUUAUUUUAUUUUUUGGCAAAAGUUUUAUUGAAUAAAUGAACACCAAAAACAAUUUUGAAUGGAGCCUGUACGAUAAACUGCUGGAGUUGAAUUACAUAGAAUUGAGUGACAUCAUUCACCACAUACAAUAAAUAAAACGAAUUCGGAGAAGUGCAUGAGUGACUCUGACUUGGGCGGAGAUCCUUCAACUUCUUCUAUUCUGCUAUUGCACAAUAUAUCAGGUGACUUGGAGACGAAAACAGACUACAGUCAGAGUAUUUCAUAUUUUAGACACCAAAAAUGUUUUACUGUAGCGAUGAAUAUACGUGUCAUUUAGUAGUAGCCUACACAUAAUCCACACAGUUUCGGAUUUGACAAGAUAGGAGUUGUUCAUAACAGGCUUACUGUAUCGCACAGGAUAGUUUCACUUUCAGCGGCUAUUAAAUCAAUGAGAUUCUACGGAAGUGUGGGAAUAAUGCGUGUGACCCUGUUUGGCUUUAAUUAGGGGCCCCCCAAACUCCGCCAUAAUCGGGAACUUUUAAAGUGAUGGAUGUUGGACCCUGCAGCGCAGAGAUUCAACAGCGUCGCGUGGAGCUGGUGGAGAACUACAGCGAACACCUGACACGCCUUCUAGACGUGCUGUUUAAUGUGGGGGCAGUGACCGAGGAGGACCUCAGUCUUGUUAGAGGUUCGGCUGUUCUGGGUGAGCGAGAAUGUAUGAGAGCUCUGCUGGAUGUGCUUCAUGGGAGAGGAGAAGAAUCGUGCAGGGCUUUUCUUUACAUACUACCAAGUGUUCAAGAUGAGACCACCAAACUAGGACAGGCCAACAGGCAAGAGCAUCUCAGAAAACACAAGGACAUAUUGGCCAGACAGCAUGGCCUCGUGGACUAUCUCAGCAUCCGAGAACAGACUUUGGGGCAGGAUCAGACCGGGUGCUGGACUGAUAUCACCUUCUCGAGACAAGCUGGUUAUGCAUCGUCUUCUCAAUGCCGACAUGAGUCAGCAGGAGUUGGGGAUGCUUUCAGGACACAUGCGGAUGAGAUCUGCAUUUUCAAGGACGUGUAUGAGAAUCUGCUGUGCAGCCCAGCGAGUGGUGUGAACAUGCUAUCAGGAGUUGCCGGAAGUGGGAAAACCACGGUUGUGAGACGCCUGGUGCGAGAGUGGGCUGCAGAAACCAAAUCAUCUAAGAUUAUCCUAUCACUGUCCUUUCGUGAGCUGAACCUCAUAACUCAAGAGCAGAGCUUGCAGGACCUGCUCUCGGAUCACUACAUCCAUCUGAAACCUUUCCUGCAUGAGUUACUGAACUCAAACCCAACCCAGUUUUUACUCAUCUUAGAUGGUCUGGAUGAGUUCUGCUACCCUCUUAAUUUUGAACACACUCCCAAGUGUUCAGAUCCUGAGCGGGUGCAGCCUAUACAAUCCAUUGUGGUGAACUUAAUCAAAGGAAAUCUGCUUCCCGGAGUGUCCAUUUUCCUAACUUCCAGACCUCAUGCGGUCUCCAAAGUUCCUCCAGUUCUGGUCAGCCUGUUUUACAGUCUGCUCGGUUUCUCUGUAGCUCAGCAGAAGCAGUACUUUGAGCAGAACUGCAGUUCUCCUGAGGCUGCCGAGGCAGUGUGGGCUUCGGUGUCGUCCCAUAAGCCCCUUCUCCUCAUGUGCCACAUUCCCGCAUUCUGUUGGAUCGUGUCCACUGCCUUGCAUGACGGCGGCUCCUGCCUUUGUCCUGAUUCUGUAAGUGCCAAGCCAGGAGAUAAAGAAGGCCUUGGGGAAACCAACCAACCAAACUCUUCAUUUGGAUCUUCUGAGGAGGACUCAAAACCAGUCACCAUCUCUGAAAUCUACUGCUGCUUUAUUAAAUCCGUCUUGCUAUUCCAUGUGCAAGGGCGUAGCGAGGGCUCCCAUCACACCAGGCUUCAGCACGCCCCUCACGUCCUUAGUGAAAUGCAGCCUAUACUCAAAAGCCUGGGAGCUAUGGCCUUCAAAGGCCUCCUGGAGAGACGGUUCAUCUUUGAAAGCACGGAUUUGAACUCUUUUAAUCUGGAUAGCACCAAACUCUUACAGGUGUUCCUCUCUGAGAUACUUAAAGAGGAUCGAGCUUCUCUCACCUUUGAAAAGGGCUUUCAUUUUAUCCACACUAGCGUGCAGGAGUUUCUUGCUGCCCUGUACUAUGUUCUCCAGUCACUCUCAGGAUCAGAUCCAUUUGCAGGCCUAAAACCAAGCACAGGCCGCUACCUUCAAUCUGCAUUUAAGCAAAUGGCAUCAGCUGUUAACAAAUUCAGCAGACCACAGCGUCUCUUCCGCAGACGUAUUAAGAAGGCCCUUCGCUGUGGUGAACGACAUCAGUCUGGACACAUGGAUCUUUUCUGCAGGUUUGUAUGUGGCCUGCUGGUUCCUAGAACACGUCUCAUCCUAAAUGGAUUUUUCCCUGAUGGGCCCAAGAUGCAUCUGCUCCGUUCCCAGCCCUCUCCAGACCCGACUCCACCUUUCCUUCUCCAUCUGUUACACUCCCAACUCCAGAGCUCCACCCUCAGCCCGGAGAGGCAGGUCAAUGUUUGUCACUGUCUAUAUGAGGCCCAGGACCCAGGUUUGUCACAGAGGCUACAGAGUUGGAUGAAAGUUCUUUCACAGCAGACCUCAGAUCAGUCCGAUUCGGUAAACAGGGACUGGAGCGAGCUGGCUUUCCUGUUACAGCUCAGUCCAGAUCUGCAGGUUUUAAAUUUAGAUGCUCAGGGACUCGAUGCUCAAGGACUCUUCCAGCUCCUACCAGUCCUUCCUCUCUUCUCAACACUCAGCCUGGGCCAGAAUCCACUUGGUCCAGAGGGAGCAUCUGUGUUAUCCCUUGUUCUGAGAAACCCAGAUUGUCGCAUUCAGAGGCUGUGGGUGGUUGCGACAGGGCUUGGUUGUGAAGGCCUGAAGAUCCUUGUAGAAGCACUGAAAGAAAACCAUACUGUGACUGAUCUCAGAAUGGCCAUCAAUAAAAUUGGAGAUGUUGGAGCUGGUUAUCUUGCAGAAUUGUUGAGGACGAAUCGCACACUGACGGAUAUCAGACUUCGUGACAACCUAGUGACAGACAAAGGAGCAGAAGUCCUCAUGGCUGCCCUGAAAGAGAACACUACAUUAGAGUAUCUGUGGUUGUUUGACAACAAGUUUACCAAAGAAGGCGUCAAGAAACUGAAAGAAUUUGCAAAGACCAGACCAAACCUUGACAUUAAAGUUGCCAUCUGAGCCACAACCAACAAACCAGUGGAGUAGCUCCCUAAAACAUCAUUUGCAUUGCAGAACUGGUUCAUUUUCACUCACACAUUUUAUUCAUACAUUAUUUUACAUAUUGCUCUGAUAUAAUACUUUUAAUACAUAUUAGACUGUUAAAUGAAUAGCUCACCCAAAAAUGAAAAAUUGCUGAAAAUGCACUAAACCCUCAGGCCAUCCGAGAUGUAGAUGAGUUUGUUUCUUCAUUGGAACAGAUUUGGAGAAAUUUAGCAUUAAAUCAUUUGCUCACCAAUGGAUCCUCAGCAGUGAAUGGGUGCCGUCAGGAUGAGAGCCCAGCUGAUAAAGUAAUCCAAACGACACCAAUCCAUCAAUUAACGUCUUGUGAAGCAAAAGGCAGCAUGCUUGUAAGAAACAAAUACUUAAUUGCUGUGUGUUUUCUCUAUAAACAUAUAUUUCUUUAACCACUCAGGCUACUACUGCCCUCUGCUGGACUUUUAAGGAGCUGUCAUUUGUAUGCUACAUUUGUACAUUAAUCAGCAGUAAUAUUUUCAGAACUGUCUUAGGAUUCAUAGUUUGUGAAAGAACUGCUAUCUUUUUAUUUUGAAAUCUGUAACAGCUUUAGUUAAAACCAACACAAUCAGGUUUGACUAAAGCUAUAUGUGACAUUUUGGGGGCCCUAAAAUGGCUUCUUAACAUUAAUCUGUUCUUUUCGUCAUUCUUUAUAAAUUAUUGUCUUCUUUCUCUUUUCUGUUAUAGUGUCUCAGACCAGUUUGACAAUAAUUGUGCCACAGUCACUGGUUUAUUGCCCAUUGUUGUGGGUGAUUUUACCUGCAAAGCUCAGGGCUGCUCUUAGAAGCUUCAUAAACAGAAGUAAAAAUGUAAGUGUAAAAUACACAAAGCCAGAGUAUUCUAUGUUAGGUAAAUGCAUUUAUUUUAAAGUUACCAUGUGUAACCAUUGCUAAAAUCACAGUAGUGUAUAUUAAAAGCAUUUUAAUCAUACAUACUGAUAGAUAGAUAGAUAGAUAGAUAGAUAGAUAGAUAGAUAGAUAGAUAGAUAGAUAGAUAGAUAGAUAAUUUCUUUUUGAAGCAUUGCACACCGUCUUCUUUCUGAAAAUUGUAUAAAAUAAGUUCAUGCAUUGUUAUAUCAUUAAUUGUCAUAACAUCAUGAAAUGUGAAUUGUUAUGGCAAGUAUUAUUGCUUAGCAAUGCUUACAAUGCAAAGUACAAGUGUUGUUAUGCAAUACUUAAAGCAAGAUGUGCAAAUAGAUGUUCAAUAAACAUUAUAUGGAUUCUCCAAAUUCCAGUUUGGUAA